AAAAAGUUGCUAGACCUGUUGAAAACAUUGUAUUUUAUUCUAGCUAUGCAUACAACGCAGUAGUGGGUAAUGUUUUGCAAGCAAAUGCAUUCCAAGUAGAUUUUUAAAACAGCCACAAUUCCUAAAGCCCUGUAAACAGGAUGGUUAUUAGAGAAGCAACUCCUCUUUCCAUGCGAGGCUGGAUUUUAAUGCCAUGGCAGCUUUGUGCUAUCUGAUUUAUCAGUACAGAGAAACACUGAGGGAGAUAAUCCCUGAAUUAAACACGAUCUGCUUUCAGGGCUUGCUAAAAUGACCACACAGCAUUGUAAUACAGGAGCUAGUUUCCCCAUGCUGUGUAAACAAUAGGGUGCCAUCCUGCCUUUCAGAGAUUUUUUAUGUUUGAUUUGGAAAUGAAUCCUCGCAACGAUACAAACGGUAAAGGCCAGUGUGGAUAUAGGGGCAGUGAAGGGAUUCACAGCAAACGCAUUCAGUAACAAUUUGUAAAUCAACUAAUAUGUUAAACAGCGAAAGUGUCCAGGUUAACAAAGUGCUAGCAGGGGGAGAACUGCAGUCCUUCCUGAGCAGUUAACAGCAUACAACAAAAGCACUGAUCAGCAAUUCAAAUCGGAUCUCUUGUAAAAAGCCCCAUUUGCAGAUAACCUGUUUAUGGUUUUUACAUUAGAUAUUAAGUUUUAUUUAUUUGUACUUUGAACCGUUAUUUUUUAAAAGAGCUUUAGGUUUUGUUUUUUUGAAUGUUGCACAGUGCACAUGAUCACUGCUGUAAUAGACAUGAGACGAUAAAUAAGCCUUCUUUUGUUGCUUUUCUUUAGUGUGUGGUUUGCAUUAUCCAGGCUUUUUAGUGUGUUUCUAUUAAAACAGCUAUGCUGUGUCAGGGUAAAAUAAAUAAAUAAAGUCAAUAUAUCUGUGACACACACAGUGUGUGUGUGUGUGGCAGUGCUGUUUGUGUGUGUGUGUGUGUGUUUGUGUGUGGCCGUGUUGUGUGUGAUGAAUGUUGAAUCAAAAUUCACCCUCUAUAAACAGAGUGGCUCAGGCUCCAUAUUUUGAUGGUAGAGGUUCUGUUUUGCUUGUCAGCCGUUGAUUGGAACUUGAAGAGCUGCAAAUUAGUUUAGUGGCAGGGAUAAACUGUCGAAGAUGUCUCCAAGUUGGUUGAAAAUGAGUGAAGUUGACAGCGACUUGAAAGUCUAAUAAGUCCUUCAAAUGGCUGAUUUGCACCCAGUGGACAACUAGACACUGAAGGGUAUGAAAUAUAGGAAAUCAAUACUUUUCUAUGGAAUUGCAUUAGGCCACAGUGUCUUCAGUUCAUAGUAUUUUAUAUUUUGAUGGAUUAUGUGAAGAAAAUGAUUAUCUAAGACAUGGGCGAAUUGAUGAAACUCACAUGUUUGGCUUUAAAGGAGACACCCAACAAGGCCAGGAGAGUCCACCCACUGAGAGCAGUGAUGCCCACGUCUGCAGCAGAUGCUGUGCAGAGUUCUUUGAACUGUCAGAUCUCCUACAACACAAGAAGGAUUGCACUAAGAAUCAAUUAGUUCUGAUAGGAAAUGAAAAUCCAGCUUCUCCUUCCGAAACCUUCUCUCCAAGCUCCCCUCCACAUAAUCCUGAUGAGCAGAUGAAUGACACAGUUAAUAACACUGAUCAAGUAGACUGCAGUGACCUUUCGGAGCAGAACACAUUGGACAAAGAAGAAUCCAUGGACGUGGACAUUUCCGGAAUUAACAGCAGCAGCAGCAAUUCCUGCAUCAUCAACAAUAGUAUUACAAGCAGUGCUAGCCCUAAGAUGGGAUCCUCAGCCAUCUCAACAUCUCUACCUCAACUAGGUAAACUGACUGAGCUGGGCAAUUUCUCAAUGUUUAACAGCAAUGUAAUAAUCGAAAACCUGCAAAGCACCAAGGUGGCAGUGGCCCAGUUUUCCCAAGAAACCCACCCUAAAGGCAGCAACAGGCUUGCUGUCCCUGCCCUGAUGGAGCAGCUCCUAGCUCUGCAGCAGCAGCAGAUCCACCAGUUGCAGCUCAUUGAGCAAAUCCGUCACCAGAUAUUAUUGUUGGCAUCCCAGAACGCGGAAAUGCCAGUACCCUCCAGCUCUUCUCAAGGUACAUUAGGGACGCCUGCUAACCCAUUGACAGCACUCAGUUCACAUCUCUCCCAGCAGCUGGCUGCAGCUGCCGGAUUAGCACAGAGCAUCGCUAGUCAGUCUGCCAGCAUUAGCAGUUUGAAGAAACUGACUGCAGCACAGCUACCUCAGAGUAACCCUGUCAACAGCAUGGUGCCCCCAGGCAUUGGAUCAUCUCCCAGCGUUAAUGUCUUGGCAACAGCAGCUAACGCCCCUCCCUCCGACAAACUAUCUGCACACGCUGGCAAUCUGCACCCACAGCUCAGCAACCCGUCGAUAUCGAAAACCUCCUCACCAGCCUUCGGAAUAGGCAGCUUGUUAAGCCCUGCAUCCAAUCCACUUCUACCUCAGCCCGUUUCCAGUAACCCUUUGUUCUCCAACCCCCUGCCCAGCUUGGGCACAGCGGUGCAUGAUGAUCUGAACUCCUUGUCUGCCCUGGCCCAGCAAAGGAAAGGCAAGCUACCCAACGUGACCUCCUUCGAGCCCAAAAGCAGCUCGGAAGAGGCCUUCUUCAAACACAAGUGUAGGUUUUGUGCAAAGGUGUUUGGGAGCGAUAGUGCCUUGCAGAUACACCUGCGGUCUCAUACUGGAGAGAGACCGUACAAAUGCAACAUCUGUGGGAAUCGCUUCUCCACCAGAGGAAACCUGAAGGUUCACUUCCAGCGACAUUUAGAGAAGUACCCCCACAUUCAAAUGAACCCCUAUCCCGUGCCGGAACAUUUGGACAAUAUUCCUACCAGCACAGGCAUCCCCUACGGAAUGUCCAUGCCCCCGGAGAAGCCAGUCACCAGCUGGCUGGACAGUAAGCCAGUUAUGCCCACCUUGACCACGUCUGUUGGUCUCUUGCUCCCCCCAACAAUGCCCAGCUUGCCAGCCUUUAUCAAAAAGGAGGAGAAUCAUGUGCUUCCUGUGACCAGCCCUCCCAGUCCUGUUAAAAGUGACUCAGGUGCAGUAGAACCACCGUCAACAAAAAGCAAUGAUAGCAUGUUGGAAGGUGAAGGUGGUGCCCUGCCUACCUCAAAUGGGAAAAUAGAAGAGGAGAUCAAUCAACCUUCUAACUCCCCUACCUACAUGAGCUACAGCUCUGCCCAGGAGAGUGCUGCCGACCAAGGCUCAAACUGCAGCCCAACUUUUACCAGUAACCCGCUGAUGCCACUCAUGUCCAAGCAGUUCAAAGCAAAGUUUCCAUUUGGAGGUCUCUUAGAUGCCACGCAAGCAUCCGAAACAUCCAAGCUCCAGCAGCUUGUGGAGAACAUUGACAAAAAGGUGAGCGAUCCAAAUGAGUGUGUCGUCUGCCAUAGAGUGCUCAGCUGUCAUAGUGCCCUUAAAAUGCACUACCGCACACAUACUGGAGAGAGACCUUUUAAGUGUAAAGUGUGUGGCCGGGCGUUCACUACAAAAGGAAACCUCAAAACCCAUUACAGCGUUCAUCGUGCCAUGCCUCCAUUAAGGGUCCAACACUCUUGCCCCAUCUGCCAGAAGAAGUUCACCAAUGCAGUUGUCCUACAGCAGCAUAUCAGGAUGCACAUGGGGGGUCAGAUUCCCAACACUCCCCUCCCAGACAACUAUCCCGAGUCCAUGGAGUCUGACACAGGGUCCUUUGACGACAGGAAUUUCGAUGACUUGGAGAACUUCUCGGAUGAAAAUAUGGAAGCCUGUCCCGACAGCAGCAUCCCAGAUACUCCAAAGUCUGCCGACGCCUGUCCAGACAGCCUGUGUUGUUCCCCUGUGCCCCCGGAAAUGUCUGGGAUACCUUCUUUGGAAAAGCAGAUGAAAAUGAGAAAUGCCGGGCUUGUGGAGCACCUUCAGACCGGCAAGUUAAAGCUAGCUGAAAAUGGAUCGGUUGAGGGUGACCACAUGACCAACGACUCGUCAUCCCUCGGAGGGGACAUUGAGAGCCAAAGUGUUGGGAGCCCUGCCAUCUCAGAAUCUACCUCGUCCGUGCAGGCACUGUCCCCCACCAACAGUUUCACGACCCACCACAAAUCCCCCGGCUUUGAAGAAAAGCAGCUGAGAGCUUUAUCAACAGAUCAUGCAAGCGCUGUCACCCUGUCCCCCACCAACAGCGGGGUCUUGGACCUGACUUCCUGCAACCCGCUGAAAGACCCUCUGGGCCUGCUCUUCCCUUUCCGGGACCGUGGCACGUUCAAGAACACGGCGUGCGAUAUCUGUGGCAAAACGUUUGCUUGUCAGAGUGCCUUGGACAUUCAUUACCGGAGCCAUACCAAAGAACGACCGUUUAUUUGCACAGCCUGUAACCGGGGGUUUUCCACCAGGGGCAAUUUGAAGCAGCACUUGCUGACACAUCAGAUGCGAGACCUUCCCUCUCAGUUGUUUGAGCCCUCCAACCCCAAUAUCGGUCCCUCUCAGAGCCCUUGUGGCCUGCCUGCCUGUUCUUUAAUCAUCAAGAGUGAGGUUAUCAAUGGUUUCCAGCAUUGCUCCCCCCAGCACUCUUCAUCGGGUCCUCUGCCGGUCUCUGUCACAUCCCCGGUCUUACCUCCUGCCCCUCCUCGAAGGACGCCCAAGCAGCAUUACUGCAACACCUGUGGAAAGACCUUCUCAUCCUCCAGCGCUUUGCAGAUCCACGAGAGAACGCAUACCGGUGAGAAACCCUUUGCGUGUACCAUCUGUGGAAGAGCUUUCACAACCAAAGGCAACCUCAAGGUUCACAUGGGGACUCACAUGUGGAACAGCGCCCCUGCCAGGCGGGGUCGCAGGCUCUCAGUGGAUGGGCCCAUGGCAUUCCUAGGAGGCAGCCAUGUCAAAUUCCCAGAAAUAUUCAAAAAGGAUUUGGCUUCCAGGACGGGAAACGGAGACCCCACCAGCUUCUGGAAUCAGUACGCCGCAGCCUUUUCAAACGGCUUGGCCAUGAAGACCAACGAGAUCUCUGUGAUUCAGAACGGUGGCAUCCCUUCCAUACCUGGGAGCAUGGGGAAUGGUGGCAGCUCUCCCAUCAGCGGCUUGACAGGGAGCUUAGAGAAGCUUCCAAACACGGAACCCAACGCACCUCUAGCUGGUCUGGAGAGAAUGGCAAACGCGGAAAACGGGACCCAUUACCGAUUCACUCGCUUCAUAGAAGACAAUAAAGAAAUUGUGACAAACUAGGAGAGGCGUGAUUAACAUUCAUACGAACAGAGCAGCUCUGUCCUGCCUUUGAAACUUUACCAACUACAAAGUUAAGAAGACGUGCUUUUUUGUACAAUGUACAACUUCUAUAGUUUUGAGGAGCUUAUUUAUUAGUGAUAAUAAACUUGCUUGGAAGCAUAAACA